CUGUCGCCUGCCCAGGGGUAGGAUGAACGGUAGCUUGGCAUACUAUACGGAUCCGUACUAAAACAGGCAAUAAAAUGGACCCACCAAAACCAAAGGUUGACCUCGAUCUACAACUACUACACUACUAUACUCGUAGUAGUUUUGCAGAAAGGCGCGAAUCCAAGGCAAAUAGAAAUUCUUGACAGAUAAAAUCCCACAAUUUUGUGCACAACGGAAUAAUGCAGUGGGUUAGAGAAGGAACAGUUAGUUGCCUUCCAUGUUAAUGAGGGACUAGGAUUUCUGCUUAUUCCAGUAUGGCUUCAGCCACUGAAGCCAUUAAUCACCUACAUACCUAUAAUUAAUCCAGCAUGGGUCUGCACCACUGUUUAGCUCCACCCCGCCUUAUCAGCCCCCGCCAGGUAACAUCCCCAAGGUAUGUACCGUGCCUAGUGCACCCCGAUUUAAAGCUCAGGACCGCCUUUCAUCAUCGCCCCUCUGCCUGGACAGAACCUCACAUCCAAUUUCACCCUUUGGCAGCAGAUCAGCACAUCCCUCGAGUUCCUUUCGGCGAGAUGGAUCCUAACCAGGACCCUCAACCCCCGCCUCCUCCGGAUGCCCCGGAUCAAGAGAAAAUGGAGCAGAUUCGGAGGCGCCGACUUGCGAAGCUCGGAUCUACAGCGACCAGCUCGCCAAAGCCCGACGAAGCUGCUUCUGCCCCAGAGGCCUCGUCCUCCCGGCAGUCACCAGGCAGCAGUAAACAAACCGAGAAGCCAGCCGCCGAACCCCGCCCGACCAUCAACAUCAAGCCCGCCCAACAACCCACAGGCGAGAACCCGUUCUCGCGGCUUACCGCUGCUCAACCUGCGAACAAUGAACAAGGAGCCUCUGCAGGUAGUGUUAGAAAUCCCAGGAAGAGAUCGGCAUCAGACAUUGAUCUGCUUCCAGCAGCUACAGCUCCGGCGCGAAAACAGACUCCGGCGAAAGAGGAGUCGAUCGAAGACUACUCGCAUAGGAUGUUGAGUCACAUCUUCCGUGUCUCGGUGGACCCGAAUCAGGAGGCGAACAAGGCCGGCCCGAAGCUCACCUUCUUACCCAACUUGAGCCAAGACUUGCAAGAGUCUGGUGCGCCCUUGAAGCUCUCCCCCGACGUACUAGACUCUGCUAUCCUGGAGGCUGCCACAGCUGUGCCCCGCGACAAGCCGGUCCUUGACUAUCUGCUCUCUUGCUGGAAGAGGGUAGUGCGGGCCAUCAAGCUCCUUCGAGGACCCGCGGCACAGAAAGAGGAGGUUCUCAAGGAGGCGAGGCGGAUCUGCUUCAGCAACUGCAUCUUUGCUCUCACCAUGCCAGAGCUGUUCAGCCGCGAGCCCAACCCCCAACACGAUACCCUCAUGCCAUAUCUUCUUCGAGAUAUCGAGCACGACAACGGAAUAUGUCUCGAUUUCUUCCAGGAAACAAUCUCGCGUUUUGAUGAAGACGACACAAUCGAGCCGCUGUUCACCAAGGCGAUGCUCGAAAUUAGCAGCAAGCUCUCGACAAUGAAUAUGAAUGAUGAUUAUAAGCCAUACGUCAAUGCUCUGUUGACUUACUCCAAGUUCCCGCGACUACUGGAUGCUCUUGCCCAGAAUUCCUGCUUCCAGAUGGCUGUCUCGGCGCCAAACAUCGAAAAGCACACAAUACUGGGUCCCUUCUUCCGCAUUUCCCCCCUCCAGCCCGAGGUUACUAGGGUUUACUUCUCUGGGCCGAGGACGAUGGACAAGGGAGCAAUCCGAAAUGCCCAGAAUGCCCUCCAGAUCACCCUUGCAGCAUAUCAGACCGAUCUGCGGAGCAUUAUCAACGCUUUUGUUCGGGCAAGCGUCGAGUCGAGGAACAAGGUGCUGGACUGGUUCGCGUACAUCAUGAAUGCGAACCACAAGAGGCGCGCCAUACAGGUGGACCCCCGAGAGGUCUCUUCCGACGGAUUCAUGAUGAACGUUACGGUCAUCCUGGAUUGUCUCUGCGAGCCGUUCAUGGAUAGCACCUUCUCCAAGGUAGACCGCAUCGACGUCAACUACUUUCGGUCCAACCCGAGAGUUGAUAUCAAGGACGAGACCAAGUUGAAUGCCGACCAGUCCGAGUCCGAUGCCUUCUAUUCCCAAAAGGUAGACGGCGUCCCGAACUUCAUCACCGAGGUGUUCUUCUUGACGCUCGCAGCACAUCACUACGGUAGCGAGGCCACGAAUUCCAAAAUGAGGAACCUGGACAAGGACAUCAAGUUCUACGAGAAGCACAUCGCCUCGAUGGAGGCGGAGCGUGCCAAGUUUGCAAACCGCCCGGAACAGCUUGCCUUGUUCGAGAUCAGCCUGAAGAGGCAUACCGAUGUGCUGGAAAAGUCGGUGUCGCUGAAAUACGCCAUCGAAGGCGUGCUCCUGGAGGAGAAGAUGCAGGGCCGGUCGCUUCAGUUCAUGCGAUACGUUGCCGUCUGGCUGCUCCGGGUGGCCAGUCAGUCGAACUACACGCCCGACAAGCCUCUUCGCCUGCCGCUGCCUGCAGAUCAACCAGAGGCCUUCCGUUGCCUGCCCGAGUAUGCGCUCCAGGACAUUGUGGACAAUUUCAAAUUCGUCUUCCGCUUUGUUCCCCAGAUCAUCCUCUCGGCCGUUGGAGACGAGAUGAUUGCUCUCUGCAUCACGUUUCUGGAAUCAUCCGAGUAUAUCCGGAACCCCUAUCUGAAGUCGUCGCUCGUCUCCCUCCUCUUUUCCGGGACCUGGCCGACCUAUCAUCUGAAAAAGGGCGUCUUGGGAGACCUCUUGACAAAUACAAAGUUUGCCAACGACUAUCUCCUCCACGCGGUCAUGAAGUUCUACAUCGAAUGCGAGUCGACCGGAGCACACACCCAAUUCUACGAUAAAUUCAAUAUCCGAUAUGAGAUAUUCCAGGUGGUCAAGUGCAUCUGGUCGAACGACUUGUACAAGCAGCAGCUUACGCAGCAGAGCAAGUCAAACCGAUCUUUCUUCGUCCAAUUCGUCAACUUGCUGCUGAACGAUGCGACAUACGUGUUGGACGAGGGCCUGACAAAGUUCCCCAAGAUCCACGAACUCCAGGAGGAGCUGAAGGAUAGGAGCCUUUCCCAGCAAGAUCGGGAGAAGAAAGAAGAGGAGUUACAGACGAACGAGAACCAAGCCCAGUCUUACAUGCAGUUGGCCAACGAGACCGUUGCCAUGAUGAGACUCUUCACCAACGCACUGAGCGAAUCUUUCACGAUGCCCGAGAUAGUGCACCGACUCGCGGCUAUGCUGGAUUAUAACUUGGACAUCCUCACAGGCCCCAAGUCCAAAAACCUCAAGGUCGAGAACCCGGACAAGUAUUACUUCAGCCCGAGAACGCUCCUCCCAGAGCUUGUCGACAUCUACCUGAACCUUGGCUCGAGCGCUACGUUUGUCGAGGCAGUCGCUGCCGACGGGCGGUCAUACAAGCCCGAAAACUUCGACGCUACUUCGCGGAUCCUGAGUAGCAGGGCGCUGAAGGACCCCUCGGAGAUCGCAGCUUGGGAGGAGCUGAAGAAGAAGAUAGCCAUGGCCAAGGUCAUCCUUGAUCAGGCGGAGCAAGAUCUUGGCGAAAUCCCGGCAGAGUACGAGGAUCCCAUCAUGGGAGAUAUCAUGCGCGACCCGGUCAUCCUCCCAUCGAAGCACAUUGUUGACCGGUCCACCAUCGUCCAGCAUCUGCUCUCGGACCCCAAGGACCCAUACACGCGGCAGCCCAUGACAGUCGAUGAUGUCGUCCCCGCUGUCGAGUUGCGCGAGCAGAUUGAGAACUGGAAGGCGGGGCGAACUGCGGCGCGCAGGGCAGCGGUUGCCGACGCAGUUGCCGAUGUUAUGGACACCACCGAGGGGUGAGUAUUCUCAGGCAGAGGAACCAGGUGAAAUGACGGGGGUCUCGCAAAUAGAAGGCAUUUGUGCAUUGUUUUCUACUAAGCAUCAUGGCCUUUUGGCUUACCAGAGCACUUUUGCUCCAACCAACGGUGGAAGGAAAUCACACAAGGGCAACUAAACUGCAUAGGUCUCGGAGUUUGGAGAAGUGUCUACUAGGUGUGCAUUUAAUCCCAAGAUGUUGAUUUCCAACUAGUUUAAUCAUAGAUUACAUUGGUCUCGCGUGGGAGCUCUCAUCGAGGGACCAUCGUCUAGAACAUGGCAUUAGAUAGACUCUACGCUACUCUCAGAAAUGACAGGAAUGACCCGUUCCAGA